AUUUAUGAAGGACGUCAAACCAUUUGUCGAAUCGGUUUUACCGUAUGUAUUGAUAAUGCUUGGUCGCCAAAUUAUAAGCUUUUCGAUCCAAAUAGAUUCAAAACUGUUUGCCCCAUUAGUGAUACCACAUACUCGAGCUCAUGCGGUCAAUUGUCCAUUUAAGAAAAAACAAGUGAAUGUAUCUCCUGGAGCUGGUGGACUAAAAAAAACUGAAUUAGAGACACCCAUAAAACGUGGACCAGUCUGCCAAGGCGGUGCAGCUGGCGCUGGAAGUGGAAGUGGACAAAAAAGAGCCAUACUGCCAGGAAAAGUUCGCAUGGGUUUCAUUCCAGAAGAAUGGUUUUGUUUCCUAAAACCAAUGACUGGCGUCACGGGACCCUAUUUUUUAAUGAUAGGUCUUGUAAAUUAUUUAGUCAGCAAAGAAAUCUUCGUAAUGGAACACGAAUAUUAUAUGGGCAUUUCUCAAUUCAUAAUGGUAUAUUAUACGGUCACCAGAUUUGGACCAAAGCUUGGUGCCUAUCUUGACAAAGAAGUCGAUGACUUCACCAAAGACUUGGAAAAAGGUAGAAUAGAUGAAGUCAAUUUCCAUAACAAUACUAUAAAAGAAGCAAAAACUGCAAUAGCCAGAGCAAAUGGACAAAAAGAUUUGAUACAGGCUAAGAAAGAAAAUAUUGCAGUGCAAUUAGAAGCUAUUUAUAGGGAAAGAGCAAUGUUGGUAUACCAACGCGUCCGAGGCCGUUUGGAAUAUCACGUUAGAAAACAACGUUCUAUAAAUCGUGUAAAACAGAAGUGGAUGGUCCAAUGGAUUAUAGAAAACGUUGAAAGAUCAAUCACGGCAGAAUUUAAAAAACGAGCGAUGGAAAGUGCUAUUCGUCAAUUGACAACUUUAGCAAAUCAGAUACCUAAGAAAUAAUUUCACGAAACGACUGGAGAACACGUUGUUUUUUAAUAGACUUAGCCACUUUGAAUAAACAAUGGUUUUACGUACCAUAGAAAUUAAUUAUUUUACAAGUUGGCACUGUGUUAUUAAAUUUUUACGAGUUGCUUACCAUAUCAGUGUGCAGAUUGCUAGUAUAUCACUAUUCUAGUUACAAAGAACAGCGGACAAAUAAUGUUUUUAAAAUCGAUUUUUAUUUAUAUCCGAAUUCUUUUUAUUUGCUUCGAUUUACCGAUACUUCGCGCUCAAUUAGAGGGGUCACAUGAACUAUACAAAGUCGAUUGGCAUAUUCGCUGUAAACUUCAGCCAAAUGGUUUCGACUGUACUAAGAAUGAAUCAAUGUCCUACAGGUUUUAUUACGAUUUGAAAAUGAAUGCUUGCAAGACAUUCCUGUAUGGCCAUUGUGAAUUGCAAUUCAAUGCUUUUCAGUCGCUUCGAGACUGUACCGAUACAUGUGACGUGAUUGGACACCAGUUUCUCGGUGAGGAUGAGCAGGCGAAAAUUUCUGAUGACACAAUAUGUCGCUUGCAAUAUGACUUUGGAUCUUGCAACAAUUACUAUCCAAUGUGGUACUUCGAUGUGACUGAGCGUACUUGCAAGAGCUUCUCAUACAGUGGCUGCGGAGGCAACAAUAACAGAUUUGCAACAACCGGCAUGUGCAACACUAGAUGUCAAACCGCGGUUGGCGAUUAUAAAAGAACAAAAACCGACAAGAAAAAACGCUUCUAGUCCACUCUAGGGCCCUCAGUCCCCGACAAUUUGAUAGACUAACUAAAACUUACCAAUAAUACCUUUGUUACGAUUUAUGCUCUUCUUGUAUAAAAUAAACUUAUUAAUAACUUA